AUGCUUUUCAUCAGGGUGGGGUCUUUUCCGUCUGGUCCGAGAUUGGUAAGGGGGGACCCCAUCUCACGUCCCACCACGAUGGUCUGGUGCCUAUGCUUUCUCUCUGAGGAGGAGAAAAACGCCGUCGCCAUAGAUAAAGAAAUCAACCGGCUUCUCCAGGAACAAAAGAAACGAGAUCGGUGGGAGCUGAAGUUGCUUUUACUGGGUGAGUAACAGCUCCUCGGACAAGGAGCUUGCUAGCUAGGUUGGGGAGAGGCUUGAGGCUUGAGUGAUGGGCUUGGAGCAUGAUCUAGCCUUCCAUAUUUUUUUUCCCCAGUUUGUUUAGUCGUUUAGUCGUGUCCGACUCUUCGUGACCCCCUGGACCAGAGCACGCCAGGCACUCCUGUCUUCCACUGCCUCCCGCAGUUUGGUCAGACUCAUGCUGGUAGCUUCGAGAACACUGUCCCUCCAUCUCGUACUCUGUCGUCCCCUUCUCCUUGUGCCCUCCAUCUUUCCCAACAUCAGGGUCUUUUCCAGGGAGUCUUCUCUUCUCAUGAGGUGGCCAAAGUCUUGGAGCCUCAGCGUCAGGAUCUGUCCUUCCAGUGAGCACUCAGGGCUGAUUUCCUUCAGAAUGGAUCGCUUUGAUCUUCUUGCAGUCCAUGAGACUCUCAAGAGUCUCCUCCAGCACCUACCAUACUAGCAAGAAAUAAUACUCUCCCUUCCUCUUUUUCCAAGCUUUCUCAAUUGUGCCCCAUGGAUAAUUGUUCCCCAAAAGCCCCUAAAGCUCUCUUAUCGACCUCGUAAUGUAACUUGAGGGUGCCGCUGUGGGUUAAACCACAGAGCCUAGGACUUGCCGAUCAGAAGGUCGGCGGUUCGAAUCCUCCGUGACGGGGUGAGCUUCCGUUGCUCAGUCCCUGCUCCUGCCCAACUAGCAAUACAAAAGUACGUCAAGUAGAUAAAUAGGUACCACUCCGGUGGGAAGGUAAACGGCGUUUCUGUGCGCUGCUCUGGUUCGCCAGAAGCAGCUUAGUCCUGCUGGCCACAUGACCCAGAAGCUGUACACCAGCUCCCUCGGCCAAUAAAGCAAGAUGAGCGCCGCAACCCCAGAGUCGGCCAUGACUGGACCUAAUGGUCAGGGCUCCCUUUAAUGUAACUUGAUGGAACUAUUCCAGUUAUACCCCACUGUUUUCUCCAAAGAGCUUGGCAUCCAUGGUUCUCUCCCUUCUCAUUUAAUCCCAUCAACAACCCUGUGAGGUAGAUUAGGCAGAAAGGGAGCGGCUGGCCUUUGGGGUCACUCUCAGUGAGCUUCAUGGCCAAGUGGAGGCAACUUGAACCCUGGUCUCCCAGGCCUGAGCCUCCUGGGCUUGCCGAUCAUAAGGUCGGCGGUUCAAAUCCCCGCGACGGGGUGAGCUCCCGUUGCUCGGUCCCAGCUCCUGCCAACCUAGCAGUUUGAAAGCAUGCCAGUGCAAGUAGAUAAAUAGGUACCACUGCGAUGGGAAGGUAAACAGUGUUUCUGUACGCUCUGGUUUCCAUCACAGUGUCCUGUUGCGCCAGAAGCGGUUUAGUCCUGCUGGCCACAUUACCCAGAAAACUGUCUGUGGACCAACGCCGGCUCCCUUGGCCUGAAAGUGAGAUGAGCGCCACAACCCCAUAGCCACCUUUGACUGGACAUAACCGUCCAAGGGUCCUUUACUUUUACCUUACCCUCCCAGGUCCUAGUCUGACAUUCUAACCACUACUCUGUCCUGAGUAGAUCUGCUGGUGUGUGAUAUACCGUAUUUUUUGCUGUAUAAGACUCACUUUUUCCCUCCUAAAAAGUAAGGGGAAAUGUGUGUGCGUCUUAUGGAGCGAAUGCAGGCUGCGCAGCUAUCCCAGAAGCCAGAACAGCAAGAGGGAUCGCUGCUUUCACUGCGCAGCAAUCCCUCUUGCUGUUCUGGCUUCUGAGAUUCAGAAUAUUUUUUCCUUGUUUUCCUCCUCCAAAAACUAGGUGCGUCUUGUGGUCUGGUGCGCCUUAUAGAGAGAAAAAUAUGGUACUUAAACAUUGCUUGGUUGGCAAAGUUCAGAGAAGAGCAAAUUUCGAAGGAUGGCUGUUUUCCAGUGCGCAUAUUGGCCUGGAAAGUGAGGAUCGGGUAGUUUCUCGCUGAAAUGCAGUUGAAGCGAUGGGCUCUCCUUGCUGGAAAGGAGAUUCUAGCUAAACAUUAGGAAGAACCAUUUGAGAGUUGUUUGACAGCAGAAUGGGCUCCCUCGGAAGGGGGCAGGGUCUCCUUCAGACGAAGCUUUGGAAGAGAUGAUGGGUGGCCCUCGGUCAGGGAUUCUUCACUUGAGAUUCCUGCAUUGCAGGGGGUUGGACUAGAUGACCCUAGGGUCCCUUUCCAACUCUGCAGUUCCGUGAUUCAGAGAAGAGCGGAUUUUGAAGGAUGGCUUCCUUUUAGUGUGGAUAUAGGUUUAGAAAGUGAGAAUCAAGUCGUUUUUCGUUUAAAAUUAAAGCUAACAUUCCUCUCCCACUUGAAAGCACCAUCGCUUAUCAGGGAAGAAGAAGAGUUUGGAUUUGAUAUCCUGCUUUAUCACUACCCGAAGGAGUCUUUAGCGGCUAACAUUCUCCUUUCCCUUCCUCCCUCACAACAAACACUCUGGGAGGUGAGUGGGGCUGAGAGACUUCAAAGAAGUGUGACUAGGACACACCUUUUCAGAUAAUCCUUGCCAUGACUAGGGACGAGUAGAUUCAUCUAUUUCUAGACUUCGGCCAUACCCAACUAGACCCUGUUCCGAGUAUACACUCCAAAAUUAACAAUAAUUUAUUUCAACGGCACUCCUCUGAAUAGGAGUAACGCUGGCUACAACUUUGUGCCAAUAUGAAUUUUGUAUUUGAUCUAAAAUUGUGCAUGUUGUUGUUGUUUAGUCUUUUAGUCAUGUCCGCCUCUUCGUGACCCCCUGGACCAGAGCACGCCAGGCACUCCUGUCUUCCACUGCCUCCCGCAGUUUGGUCAGACUCAUGCUGGUAGCUUUGAGAACACUGUCCCACCAUCUCGUCCUCGGUCGUCCCCUUCUCCUUGCGCCCUCCAUCUUUCCCAACAUCAGGGUCUUUUCCAGGGAGUCUUCUCUUCUCAUGAGGUGGCCAAAGUCUUGGAGCCUCAGCUUCAGGAUCUGUCCUUCCAGUGUGCAUAUCUUACCUUAUAGAAUAGGUUAUUUUGUCACUGGCUUUGUUUUUCAUUCAGUUGCAAAAUUCAGAAAAGUGCAAAGGACCCAGCUUAUUUCUCUAAUUUUAAGUUGCUUUAACCUGUUUUUAAUUUUAUGUUUUAAUUGCUGCAACUUGCCCAGGGACCCUGGAGUGAAGGGCACAUAAACAGUACUGAUUAUUGUUGUCGUUUAGUCGUGUCCGACUCUUCGUGACCCCCUGGACCAAAGAACGCCAGGCACUCCUGUCUUCCACUCCCGCAGUUUGCCAACACAGUACCGAUACUACCACUAAUUUUUAAAAUCUAUUACUUUUCUGAUCCGUGCAUUAGUUUGGAAAGGUAUACACCCAUCUGGGGUUGUUUAAGCUGAAUGAAAUCCUUUUUGAAGUCUAGCUGAGACAUAUCAAUAUAUAUAUAUGAAAAAUUGGGGAAAUAUGCUGCUGUGUCAAUAUUCUAUUUAACUGUUUGCCCAUUUUGAUCAGUCACAGUCCUGGAGUCUUAACUCCUCAUAGGAAACUGUGCGAGGUUUGGGCGUUCUUUAGCCUGAAAGGAGAGACGAUUAAGAGACAAUAUGACACCCAGCUUUAAAUCUGGGAAGGGCUGGAGCCGUGGAUUGUAGUAAAGGUAAAGGUAAAGGGACCCCUGGACCAUUAGGUCCAGUCGUGACCGACUCUGGGCUUGCGGCACUCAUCUUGCUUUACAGGCCGAGGGAGUACAGCUUCUGGGUCAUGUGGCCAGCAUGACUAAGCCGCUUCUGGAGAACCAGAGCAGCGCACGGAAAUGCCGUUUACCUUCCCGCCGGAGCGGUACCUAUUUAUCUACUUGCACUUUGAUGUGCUUUUGAACUGCUAGGUGGGCAGGAGCAGGGACGGAGCAACGGGAGCUCAUUCCGUCUCGGGGAUUCGAACCGCCGACCUUCUGAUCAGCAAUCCCUAGGAUCAGUAGUUUAGACCACAAGGCCGCCUGCGUCCUCUUAUGCUACCUGAGUCAAAUACCACCGGUACAUCGGACCCUAGUUUUCAUACGCCGCUUUGAGGAGUUUUUUAAAAGAAAAACGAACAACUGGUGUGUGUGUGUAUAAUAAAACGAAAUGAAGAAAAAUAAUAAGAGCUAUGGGAUUUCUUUUAGGUACCGGAGAGAGUGGGAAAAGCACCUUCAUCAAACAGAUGAGAAUAAUCCAUGGCUUGGGCUAUACGGAGGAAGACCGCAAAGAAUUUGCCAAGGUGGUUUAUCAGAACAUCUUCAUGUCCAUCCAGGCUAUGGUCAAGGCUAUGGAGGUUCUCCAAAUCUCCUACGCCCAGCCGGAAAAUGCGGUGAGUAGUCCGACAGCAUGGGAAGAGGAACCCACGGGGUGAGACCAAAGCAUUGAGGUUGAAUCCUGACAUGACCAAAGUACUGUUUCUGGGGGACAGGGGACAGACAGGUAUGGGGGACACCCUGGUCCUGAAUGGGGCAACUGUGCCCCGAAGGACCAGGUGCACAGCCGGGGGGUAAUUUUGGACUCACAGCCGUCCAUGGAGGUGCAAGUCAAUUCUGUGUCAAGGGAAGCUCCAUCUGGUCCGCAGGAUGAGACCCUCCCUGCCCGCAGACUGUCUCGCCAGAGUGGUGCAUGCUCUGGUUAUCUCCCGCUUGGACUACUGCCAUGCGCUCCAUGUGGGGCUACCUUUGAAGGUGACUUGGAAAUGACAACUAAUCCAGAAUGUGGCUACCAGACUGGGAGCUGCCACUGAGACCAUAUAACACAGGUCCUGAAAGGUAAAGGACUUCUGGACGGUUAAGUCCAGUCAAAGGUGACUAUGGGGUUGUGCGCUCAUCUUGCUUUCAGGCCGAGGGAGCUGGCGUUUGCCCACAGACAGCUUUCUGGGUCAUGUGGCCAGCAGUACUAAACUGCUUCUGGCGCAACAGGACACCGUGGCGGAAACCAGAGCGCACGGAAACGCCAUUUACCUUCCCGCCGCAGCGGUACCUAUUUCUCUACUUGCGCUGGCAUGCUUUUGAACUGCUAGGUUGGCAGGAGCUGGGACAGAGCAACAGGAGUUCACUCUGUUGCAGGGAUUCGAACCGCCAACCUUCCAAUCAGCAAGCCCAAGAGGCUCAGUGGUUUAGACCACAGCGCCAUUCGCGUCCCCAUACAAUGUAAGAGAUAAAAGAAGUAAAUGCUUUUCUCUUACCAGAAGCUGCCCAGAAGGACACUUCCUUCUUUAACAAACGUGUUACGGUCGAAUCAAAAUAAAUACAUCGGUGCCUUGGUUUACGAACUUAAUCCAUUCCGGAAGUCUGUUCUUAAACCAAAGUGUCCUUAAACCAAGGCGUGCUUUCCCAUAGCAGCAGGGGAUUCAAUUUACAAAUGGAACACAUCCAACACGUUCUGAUUCCAAGGCAAAGCUCACAAACCAAAACACCUACUUCCGGGUUUGCAGCGUUCUUAAUGCAAGUUAAACUAAGCUGUUCAAGAUCUCGGUUUUUAACUCCCCUCGUGAAUAAGUUCCAUCUCCCAAUCCAGCCUUGGAUAGUGUCCCUCUUUUUGCAGGAUUCUGAUUGUUGGAUUACUGAGAUGACAGCUAAUUUCCUGCUUAGUGUGAUGAAGAGGAAAGCGGCACUAACUUCUUCCUUAACACCACAGAUGCAGUCGAUACGCCGCACAACCGAACGAAGUUCCAAGUAGCCUUAUUGUACAAGGACAAUCGAGUUAGGACUAAUCUGAGGAGCUGAAGGACCCUUUAACGGUCCUCCUCCAGCCUCAGCAGCUUUUGGUUUUUUUUUUUUUUUUUCCACUUUCUUUAAGUAUUCGCCCAGGACGAUGUCUACCUCUACCUCCCCACCCCCAUUUUAUGUUGUUAUUUCAAUGUAUAUCAUGCUAUGGCCACUCGGCUAAUGCAAUAAAAUCUAUUAAUUAAAAAAAAAAAACUAAGCUGUUCUUAAACCAUGGUACCACUGUAACAACAACAAUAUUAAAUUACGUUAUUCUCUCUGCUUCUAGCAAAAUGCUCAGCUGCUGAUGGGUGUGGAUACUUACAAAAUGAAGGAGAUGGAUGCGCGCCAUGCAAGGAUGAUCAAAAGCCUGUGGAGAGAUGGCGGGAUCCGAACCUGCUAUCAGAGGCGAAGCGAGUACCAUUUGCUGGAUUCCACUUUCUAGUGAGCGCAUUUGCGUUUGACGCUUAAGGACGGGCAAAUCUGUCGGGUUUCCGGGUGGUGGGUUGCACCCAGUCUUGUCCUACUCAGAGAAGACGUAUUUGGGUUGCUUGCAACUAAGUUCUGUUUAGAGCAGAUCCACUGGAAUUAUUGAACUGCCUUUCUCCCAGAACCAAGACUCUUUAGAUGAUCCUUGGAGUCCAUUUCCAAUUCUACAAUUCUAUGAUUCAAGCUUACAAGAUUCAGGCUUACAAGAAUCGAAGCAAACAUAGACAAAAACACAGAAUGCUUAAAAACAAAUCAACGAUAGUAGUUAAAAAGUAAUCAAAAUAUAAUGGAAAUUAAACAACAGAAAAUCUAUGAAAUCUAGUAAAAAACACCACCAACAACAACCUGUGCAGCACUAUCAAAAGCCCUCAGUUGGUUAGAGUAAGGUAAGGGUAAAGGAACCCCUGACCAUUAGGUCCAGUCACGGAUGACUCUGGGGUUGCGGCGCUCAUCUCGCUUUACUGGCUGAGGGAGCCGGCGUUCAGCUUCCGGGUCAUGUGGCCAGCAUGACUAAGCCGCUUCUGGCAAACCAGAGCAGCACACGGAAACACCGUUUACCUUCCUGCCAGAGCGGUACCUAUUUAUCUACUUGCACUUUGAGGUGCUUUCAAACUGCUAGGUGGGCAGCAGCAGGGACCGAGCAACGGGAGCUCACCCCGUCGUCGCGGGGAUUCGAACCGCCGACCUUCUGAUCGGCAAGUCCUAGGCUCUGUGGUUUAACCCACAGCGCCAACCAUGUUGGUUAGAGUAUGAGACUCUAAAUCUUAGGGUUGUGGGUUCAAGUUUCACGUUGGGCAAAAGAUUUGUGCAUAUAUACAGCCUCGGCCCAGUAUACCUGAAGGAGCAUCUCCACCCCCAUCGUCCAGCUCAGACACUGAGGUCCAGCUCUGAGGGCCUUCUGGUGGUUCCCUCCCUGCAAGAAGCGAGGUUACAGGGAACCAGGCAGAGGGCCUUCUCGGUGGUGGUGCCCGCCCUGUGGAACGCCCUCCUAUCAGAUGUCAAGGAAAUAAACAACUAUCUUACUUUUAGAAGACAUCUGAAGGCAGCCCUAUUUAGGGAGGUUUUGAUGUUUUAUUGUAUUUUUAAUAUUCUGUUUUGAGUCGCCCAGAGUGGCUGGGGAAAUCUAGCCAGAUGGGCAAAGUAUAAAUAAUAUAUUAUUAUUAUUAUUAUUAUUAUUAUUAUUAUUAUUAUUAUUUCAAUUAGAUGGCCCUCCAAAUUCUACAAUUCUUUGAUUCUACGUUAGGCCCGAUCUCCAUUAGUCUGAGGCUAUUUUCCUGGAGAGAGAGAGAUUAGCAAUCCAUUCUCUCCAGCGACUUCACAACAAACACUUAACACACCCAAGAUAUGCUUAGACUUGAGGUGGUAGGCCUCCAUCUGGGUUCCACUAUUAUGGUACUGGAGGAGACUCUUGAGAGUCCAUGGACUGCAAGAAGAUCAGACCUUUCCAUUCUGAAGGAAAUCAGUCCUGAGUGCUCACUGGAAGGACAAGUCCUUCAUCAGCCCCGGCUGCAACAAAACAUGUCUCUCCCACAUCGGUCUCUACAGCCACAGCAGGCGCUGUAACUGUCCAACAGCUUGGCUUCGCCUCCCAAAGGCGCCCUCCUCCAUUGCCUCCCGAAACAAACAGAUGCCAGCCCAGUCAGAUGAAAUUGCAUCCUUUCCAUGCGCUUUAAACGCCCUUGUGACUUUGCCACAAAGAUCCAGUCUCGCUUAAUCAUUAACUAGAUUCAGGUAGGUAGCCGUGUUGGUCUGACGCAGUUUAAAUAAAGAAAAAAUUGUCCAGUAGCACCUUAGGAAACCAACUAAGUUUGUUCUGGGUAUAAGCUUUCGUGUGCAUGAAAUAUCUGAAGAAGUGUAUCUGAAGAAGUGUGCAUGCACAUGAAAGCUUAUACCCAGAACAAAUUUAGUUGGUCUCUAAGGUGGCGCCUUUGGUUAAACCACAGAGCCUAGGACUUGCUGAUCAGAAGGUCGGCGGUUCAAAUCUCCGCCACGGGGUGAGCUCCCGUUGCUCGGUCCCUGCUCCUGCCAACCUAGCAGUUCGAAAGCACGUCAAAGUACAAGUGGAUAAAUAGGUACCGCUCCGGCGGGAAGGUAAACAGCAUUUCUGUGCACUGCUCUGGUUCGCCAGAAGCGGCUCAGUCCUGCUGGCCACAUGACCCGGAAGCUGUAUGCCGGCUCCCUCGGCCAAUAAAGCGAGAUGAGCGCCGCAACCCCAGAGUCGGUCACGACUGGACCUAAUGGUCAGGAGUCCCUUUACCUUUAAGGUGCUUGUGGAAGGAUUUUUUUUAUUUUGUUUUGACUACAGAAGACCAACACUGCUGCCUACCUAUACCCAGAACAAACCUAGUUGGUCUCUAAGGUGCUACUGGACAAUUUUUUAAUAUAAUCAUUAACUGUUAGGCUCUCUGCAGCUCUUGCUUAGCUUUGACAGACGCGCCAUGCUACGCAGGACACAUUCAGACACAUUACAAAGUUAUCUUCCCAUUUCCUUUUUUAUAUAUAAUAUUUUUUAUUAAUUUUAACAUAUAAAUUAUAAAAUGUACCACAAAACUUUUCACUUAUACAAUCUUUUUAGACUUACAUCAGCACCUCUGAUCCACAGUUUUAACCACUUCUUACGCAUUUCUUAACUUUAUAUUGCCUUUACAUCUCUUAACAAAUCAUCCUCCCCCUUGUCCAUUUUUACAAUACUUCCAAUAAUACUCCUCACAAAACUUAUUGCAACCCUACAAACGUCAUCUGUUCUUCACAAUUAAUUUUCAAAUAGUCCGUAAAUUUACUCCAGUCUUCCGUGAAUUUCUGGUCUCACUGGUUUCAAAUCCUUCCUGUUAGUUUAUCUAAUUCUGCAUAGUCCAUUAACUUCAUCCUCCAUUCUUCAAUCGUCGGUAACUCUUCUUGCUUCCAUUUUUGGGCCAAUAAUAUUCUUGCUGAUGUUACUGCAUAUAAAAAGAGCUUACAUUCCUUUCUAUUUAUGUCACUCCCCACAAUGCCCAAUAAAAAUGCUUCUGGUUUCUUUAUAAAUGUAUAUUUCAACAUUUUUUUCAACUCAUUAUAUAUCAUCUCCCAUAAGCAUUUCACCUUUUUACAUUCCCACCACAUGUGAUAAAAUGUUCCCUCUUUUUCUUUACAUUUCCAACAUUUAUUACUGACUUUAUACAUUUUCGCUAACUUGACAGGUGUAAUAUACCAUCUAUACAUCAUUUUCAUCACAUUUUCUUUUAGGGCAUUGCAUGCAGUAAAUUUUAAACCUUCCUUCCAUAAUUUCACCCAAUCACUCAGCUGUAUAUUAUACCCAAAAUCUUUGGCCCAGUGAAUCAUAACCGACUUAACCUCUUUGUCCUUCAAAUGCCAUUCAAGCAGCAAUUUAUACAUUUUAGACAAAAUUUUUGCAUCAUUACUUAAUAUCUCUAAUUCAAACUUUGAUCCACUUUCAUCAAAUCCUUUUUCUUUGGAGUCUUGUUUAAACAUUUUGUUGACCUGGCGAUAAUGUAACCAAUCAUUAACAUAUUCUUUAAUUUCUUCAUAUUGUUUCAGUUUCCAUUUACUUCCUUCCAGAUAUAUUAAUUUCCCAUAUGUUAUCCAUUUCCCACUCAUAUUGACCUUUUUUACACUCAUUGCUUCUAAUGGAGAUAACCAAUGUGGUGUUUUUCGUUCCAAUAGGUUUUUAUACCUAUCCCAGGUUUCUAUUGGAGAUCUUCGAAAUAUAUGGCUUCCAAAUCCUUUAUGGACUUUUGUCUUAUUAUACAGUGGUGCCUUGCAAGACGAAAUUAAUCGGUUCUGUGAGUCUCUUCGUCUUGCGGUUUUUUCGUCUUGCGAAGCACGGCUAUUAGCGGCUUAGCGGCUAUUAGCGGCUUAGUGGCUUAGCGGCUUAGCGGCUAUUAAUGGCUUAGCAGCUUAGCGGCUAUUAAGAAAAAGGAAACAAACUUGCAAGAACUCGCAAGACGUUUCGUCUUGCGAAGCAAGCCCAUAGGGAAAUUCGUCUUGCGGAACGACUCAAAAAACGGAAAACUCUUUCGUCUAGCGAGUUUUUCGUCUUGCGAGGUAUUCGUCUUGCGGGGCACCACUGUACCAUAAAUAUGCAUGCCACCCAAAUCUGUUAUCAUAACCUCCUAAAUCCAGCAAUUCAGUAUUUUCUAAUUUCAUCCAUUCCUUCAACCAACAGAGGCAAGAUGCUUCAUAAUAUAAUUUCAAAUCUGGCAGGGCGAAGCCUCCUCUUUCUUUAGUAAGUUAUCUUCCCAUUUCCAUGUACAAUUUAAACAACUAUCCUUAACGUGCCUUUGCAGCUUCCUGUCUAACCUGGACCGCAUUGCAGCGGCAGGGUACGUGCCAAGCCCCCAGGACAUCCUGAGGACGCGGGUGCCGACGACGGGCAUCAACGAGUACUGCUUUUCGGUGCAGAAGGUGAGGCUCAGGUGAGCAAAACCGGGAGCGGGAUCUGAAGCCAUGCAGCCUUGAUGGCUUUGACUGGCCGGCUAAACCAGGUGAGAGAUGCCGAUGGGUCUCAAAGCCUCCGUAGUUGAUCUCUGCUGAAAUGAGUGUAGCGGCAAAUUCAGAAGGGCAAAGUCCCUUUGUGAUGGUCACAACAUAGCCCUAUCUCAUGGUCCCCUUCUAAGAUUAUACAACUUCAUCGGACGCCGCCUCCACCACGAGAAUAACCUUAGUUGGGUACAACUUCAUAUAUACUCCUGUGUGUGUAUGUAAUUUUUAUUAAAUUAUCUGUAUUACAAUUUACUCAUUUAAACCACAGAGCCUAGGGCUUGCCGAUCAGAAGGUUGGCGGUUCGAAUCCACGCGACGGGGUGAGCUCCCGUUGCUCGGUCCCUGCUCCUGCCAACCUAGCAGUUCGAAAGCACGUCAAAGUGCAAGUAGAUAAAUAGGUACCACUCCGGCGGGAAGGUAAACGGCGUUUCCGUGUGCUGCUCUGGUUUGCCAGAAGCGGCUUAGUCCUGCUGGCCACAUGACCCGGAAGCUGUACGCCGGCUCCCUCGGCCAGUAAAGAGAGAUGAGCGCCGCAACCCCAGAGUCGUCCGCAACUGGACUUAACGGUCAGGGGUCCCUUUACCUUUAAGACUUCCCUUCUUCUCUUUCCAUGGUUCAUUUUGCAUAUCAUAAAUCCCUGCAUAUUUUACGUAAACUAUACCAUUCAGUAUUCCAUUACUGCAGCCAUCAAAACUUAUUUUCACUGUUUAAUUUAUCUAAACGCUUCCAACGUUUUCAGGUGUACACAAUUCCCCCCCCCCCCAAUAUAUUCAAUAACUGUUUUCCCAUCUUCUCUAAAGGCAAGUACUUCUUGUUCUCUUAUUCUAAGUCUGUGAGUUGUGCAUAUUCUGUCAGCUUAAGUUGCCGUUAUUCUUUGCUUGGGACCUCACUUGUUUUUAGACUAACAAAUCACAGGCCGCAGUUUUGUUGUUUAGUCGUGUCCGCCUCUUCGUGACCCCCUGGACCAGAGCACGCCGGGCACUCCUGUCUUCCACUGCCCCCCGCAGUUUGGUCAAACUCAUGCUGGUAGCUUCAAGAACAUUAUCCAACCAUCUCGUCCUCUGUCCUCCCCUUCUCCUUGCGCCCUCCAUCCUUCCCAACAUCAGGGUCUUCUCCAGGGAGUCUUCUCUUCUCAUGAGGUGGCCAAAGUCUUGGAGCCUCGGCUUCAGGAUCUGUCCUUCCAGUGAGCACUCAGGGCUGAUUUCCUUCAGAAUGGAGAGGUUGGAUCUUCUUGCAGUCCAUGGGACUCUCAAGAGUCUCCUCCAAGAGCAGAAUUCAAAAGCAUCCAUUCUUCGGCGAUCAGCCUUCUUUAUGGUCCAGCUCUCACUUCCAUACAUCACUAACGGGAAAACCAUAGCUUUAACUAUACGGACCAUAAAAAACCUUUUUUGACACCUUAAUUUUAAAUACUCAUUUAAACCACAGAACCUAGGACUUGCCGGUCAGAAGGUCGACAGUUCGAAUUCCGCCCCUUUUUUUUACAACUUCUACACCUUUUUUGUGGGGGAGGGGCAACUUCUAUAUCGGUUUCACUGGAGCCAGGGGUGGAGGUUACCUUAAACCCAGGAGGUGAGUAUCUGUAGCCGCCCAGAAGCCAAAAAAACCAUGAUCUCCCUUCCUGUGCAGGAUUGUUGAUGUAGGCGGCCAGAGGUCGGAGCGCCGUAAAUGGAUCCACUGUUUUGAGAACGUGAUUGCCCUGAUCUACUUGGCUUCGCUCAGUGAAUAUGACCAAUCUCUGGAGGAGAACACAAGCGAAGUAAGGAGGGGGAUUUUUUUUUAAAAAAAUGCAUGUACAUUUCCCUGUUUGUGUGUGCUGAAAUCAGGUUUUAAGAUCACAAGAAGAGCAGGCCAAGGGAGGGAGUUCCGCUGUUCUCCCUCCUGCAUCAGGGAGUUCCGCAGUUUACUGUAUUUUUCGCUCUAUAAGACGCACCAGACCACAAGACGCACCUAGUUUUUGGAGGAGGAAAACAAGAAAAUAAAUAUUCUGAAUCUCAGAAGCCAGAACAGCAAGAGGGAUCGCUGCGCAGCGAAAGCAGCAAUCCCUCUUGCUGUUGUGGCUUCUGGGAUAGCUGCGCAGCCUGCAUUCGCUCCAUAAGACGCACACACGUUUCCCCUUACUUUUUAGGAGGGGAAAAGUGAGUCUUAUAGAGCAAAAAAUACGGUAAUUUGCAGGUGAGGCAUCGCAACUCCUGGCAGAUCCAACCUACCUCACUGCUGCCUAUUCUCUGCCACCCUCCAAGGCCAAAGUUGGGCACUUAGGGGAAACUGCUGUCUGCUCAGAUCGAGAUGCCGCUCUGUCCAGGUUUAAAAACUGGCCAGGGCCUCCAAGCAUUAGAUUUUAUGCCCAUAUGUGGCACUGUGGGUUAAACCACAGAGCCUAGGGCUUGCCGAUCAGAAGGUCGGCGGUUCGAAUCCCCGCGACGGGGUGAGCUCCCGCUGCUCGGUCCCUGCUCCUGCCCACCUAGCCGUUCAAAAGCACGUCAAAGUGCAAGUAGAUCAAUAGGUACCGCUCCGGCGGGAAGGUAAACGGUGUUUCCGUGCGCUGCUCUGGUUCGCCAGAAGUGGCUUCGUCAUGCUGUCCACAUGACCCGGAAGCUGUACGCCGGCUCCCUCAGCCAGUAAAGCAAGAUGAGCGCCGCAACCCCAGAGUCAGCCACAACUGGACCUAACGGUCAGGGGUCCCUUUACCUUUUUAUGCUGAUUUAAGCUUCUCAUGUCCUUUGGGAUGAGAAGGAGGCAUCCCUGCACCUUUUGUUAUCAGGAUUUUUUCCUUUCCACGUUACCUGGAGGGGAACGGGUGAACAAAGCACUGCACCCCCUGCAAAGGUCACCUUCCUCUGAGCUUCCUAGGUAAGGUUGCCAUAUGUCCUCUUUUCCCAGGACACGUCCUCUUUUUCAGGGGUAAAAAUUCUGUCCGGGUGGAUUUUUUUUCCCAAUUUGCCAGAAUGUCUCUGGCUAUAAUUUUUGGAUGAGACAUAAACAUAACUGUGGGCUAAAGACUUGCUUUCCUCUUCUCCUGCCCCACCUCAGCAAUAAAAUCACAGCUUCUAUAUCCUACUUAUGGUAGGGGUAUUUAAAAUGAGAGUCGUCAUAGCCAGUGCCAGAUUUACAUAUAAGCUAAACAAGCUAUAGCUUAGGGCCCCACUCUCUUGGGGGCCCCCAAAAAAAUUUAAAGGAAAAUAACUGGAUGUACAUUUCCAAAAUAUAAGAUUAAAAAACAAAUAAAAUAAAACCUAUAUACAGCAACAGUGUUUUGUGUUGUGUAGGCUCCUAUGAUGUAAGUCAUGGGCCCCACCUGCUCCCUAAAAUAUCACUGGUUUGCUCCUUUCUAUAUAUAGGGUGCCUACAUUCUGCAUGGACUGGUUGCAGGGCAACAUGGGCAAAUGGCUUUAGAUACCUGUUGGCUCCAUAAAUUACCAUAUGGCAUAGAUUCAACACCAAAAAACAGCGGCAAUUUGUUGUUGACAAAGGGCAGCUGGACAUAUAAAGGGCCCCAUUACCUUCAGUAGCUUAGGGCCUCAUCAAACCUAAAUCCGGCCCUGGUCACAGCAUCCUCUUUUUUGCUCUUCAAAAUAUGGCAACCCUAGCCGGCCCAUUCCUGUUUAAAUAAGCCCUUCAAAGUCACGAGGACUGGAAUAUUGUUUUAUUUUUAUUUUUUAAAGAAGAGACCGUAGCUCAAUAGCAGGUCUCAGGCUUGGCAUCUUCAGGUAGGGCUGGGAACUGUGCCCCUGCCUGAAACCUGAUAGUGAUAACAGCAAGAACCUUUAUUGCACUACGUAACUGGGAAACAGGGGCAGAGCAGCUGCUUAUAUACAUACCUGAAAGCCUGGGCCACUCCCACUCCCAACGUGAUUGGCUCUCUAAACUUCCAAGCUGCGAAUCACGGCUCAGAGCUCAAGGGCCAAUGGCAGAGGCCCGAAUCCUGAAAUGUUCUGUGAUUGGACGUCAUGUAUCGAAUCAGAGCACAGGGGCUCAGAAUCCUUAGUCUAGACUCAGGCAAACACAGUCCGCUGAAUACAUAACAUAAAACAAUGAGGACUAGGCUCUUAGCUUCACUUUGAGGGGGAAAUGGUAGAGCCUUUGCUUAGUGGGAAGAAGGUCUGAGGUUCAGCCCUGGGCAUCCCUGGGUAGGGCAGACUCCUUUUCUCUGAAUCCCUGCUGCUUCUGGGCAGGGAAGGCACGACUGACUGAGAGGCCCGAUUCCUUGCAAGUGUUCCUAAGUGCUUCCUUUCCCCUUUUGUCUCCACUUCCAUGAGUUAGAACCGGAUGAGGGAGAGUCUCGACCUCUUCAGAACCAUCCUGGAGCUUCCGUGGUUCUGGAAUACUUCCAUCAUCCUUUUCCUCAACAAGGUGGACAUACUGGAGGAGAAGAUCCUGAGCUCUGACCUGGCUGCUUAUUUCCCAAGUUUCCCAGGUAAUACUUCCUCCUCCCUCCAGCCAACUAGUGCAGAGUCCGGCAUCCUCCAGCGUCAGUUAUGGGCCUGGGAGAUUAAGAUUCAAAUCCUGACCCACUGGGUGACAUGAUGGGGUGAGCUCUCCCAUCGCUCUUUCCCAGCUCCUGCCAACCUAGCAGCUUGAAAGCACACCAGUGCAAGUAGAUAAAUAGGUAUUGCUGUGGCGGGAAGGUAAACGGCGUUUCCGUGCGCUCUUGUUUCUGUUACAGUGUCCUGUUGUACCAGAAGUGGUUUAGUCCUGCUGGCCACAUGACCCGGAAAGCCGUCUGUGGACAAACGCCAGCUCCCUUGGCCUGAAAGCGAGAUGAGCGCCGCAACCCCCUAGUCGCUUCUGACUGGACUUAACCGUCCAGGGGUCCUUUACCUUUUGCACGCCUGUGACGUUGCAUGUCUCUCUCGUGCUCAGGAGGAGCCUGCCUUUGAUGCUGAGCCCAUAAUAAUAAUAAUAGUAAUAAUAAUUUAUUAUUUAUAACCCGCCCAUCUGGCUGGGUCCCCCCAGCCACUCUGGGCGGCUUCCAACAAAACACUAAAAUACAAUAACAUAUUAAACAUUAAAAGCUUCCCUAAACAGGGCUGUCUUUAGAUGUCUUCUAAAAGUUUGGUAGUUAUUUUUCUCUUUGACAUCUGGUAGGAGGGCAUUCCACAGGGCAGGCGCCACCACCGCGAAGGCCUUCUGCCUGGUUCCCUGUAACUUGGCUUCUCGCAGCGAGGGAACCGCCAGAAGGCCCUCGGCGCUGGACCUCAGUGUCCGGGCAGAAAGAUGGAGGUGGAGGUAUACUGGACCAAGGCCGUUUAGGGCUUUCAAGGUCAGCACCAACACUUUGAAUUGUGCUCGGAAACGUACUGGGAGCCAGUGUAGGUCUUUCAAGACCGGUGUUAUAUGGUCUCGGCGGCCGCUCCCAGUCACCAGUCUAGCUGCCGGUGCUCAGAGAUUCAGCCUCCUUUGCCCCCUCAAUAUUGGGCAAGGCUGAGCCCCCUGCUAAGGAAUAUUGAGGGGGCUGACAGCACCACUGCCCCCUAGCGCUGGCACACCUAAAGGCUAUCUCCUUGUAUUUUCCCAGGCCCCAAGCGAGACGCUCACGCGGCCAAGCAGUUCAUCCUUGAAAUGUACAUGGACAUCUUCAGGAAGUUCUUGGUCCCUGGCGGGGACUUCGGAGGCGGUCCUUCCGGCGAUGUGCACAGGCCACGGAUCCUUUACUUCCACUUCACCUGUGCCACGGACACGCAGAACAUUGGCACGGUUUUUGAGGACAUUAAGGACGCAGUCCUGGCUGCCUACCUUGAUGAGUUCAACCUGGUCUAG